ACGGCACUCACGCCACUCACGGCAGUUUCAGCGAUGGCACGCGAGAGUAACGGAGUCACGGCCGUCUCGCUGUGAUAGGCAUCCGCGGAAAAUGGGGGAUGACGUCGACAUUUACGCGGAUUUACCGGGCUUUUCGUCCGAGAAAAAUGACCAAGAUUGUAACUGCAAGGAAUUCAAGAGUGAGCUUAGCUCACUCGCAAGCAAACUCGAGGACAUUCAAACGACUAAGGCGACCUUGGAGAGGAAUCUGUCUUCCUUACUCAAAACUGCAAGAGCUGAAAUUGCGCGGAAGGAUAAGAUGAUAGAUGAUCUCAGGAGGCGGUUGGACGAUGUAGCUUUUAGAAGGGGGAGCAGCAGGAGUGAAACUCCGGGUGUUUCCACUCACAGAUUAGCAUAUCAGCAUACUGCAGCUAGAAAGUAUGAGAAUAUCCCCUCGACGCGUUCACAGGACAGUGAAACUGAAACGCAUCAAGCUGAAUUCCAUCACGACGAGUAUAAAAGUAGGAAGCCGCAGGCUGAUGUUAUUAGGGUGCCCACGUUGUUUGCAGAAAGAUUACAAAAGAGAAUUUUGGAGGACGAGAAAGAGGAGAAGAGGCAAAAUGCAUUAAAGCCUGGCGUAGAAGCUCAACUAGAGGAUGUUCCUGAAGACGACGUUGCGGAGAACGAUAGGGAGAAUGGAUCUCAAUUCAGUGUAAAUAACAACGGCAAUGAAUCUAAUAUCGGACGACGUUCUAAUUCGGGAUCCCCAGAAAGAAACGCACACAGAAGGAUUUUAUCGAAAAGGACGAAUGAAGAGGAUGAUACGCACAGACAUAAACGUUUAAAAAUUGAAAAUGAAGAUAAAGCUACGACCGAAGAAACCGAUUACAAUUACCUUAUGCCGUAUCAUUUAACGGACAAUCCUGCGGCAUGCGAGAUAAAAGACACCGUAAAAUUCGAAGAUCGGCUGAGUGCAGUACAUUCGUUUAAAAAGGAAGAGGCUGUAUCCUACAACGAGCGCAGAGCCACUUCUGAGUAUCGAGACACGAAACAGGAUCAAACGUGCGCAAAUGGAUGGAGGAAUGCAGCGAGGGAUCACGACAGUCUCAACGCCAGGAACGAACUGGCCGAUAAUUCAAGAAAUCCUCGGACUGCUUCGACAUCUAAUUAUGUCUCGGAAGGGUUUAGCAGUCGUUACAAGAGGAAUGGGCACAGGUAUAGUCCGCCAAGGAGAAGCUACUCUCGAAGCAGGAGCGAUUACGAAAGUUCGAGCAGUCGUUUACGCGAUAGAUACAGUAGAGCGUACAAAGAAAAGAAGUACGAUGAUUAUAGAUACGACAGCCGAUACAACAACGGGAGAUUAAAGUGGAACUACAAGACCGAGGAAAAUGACAGGAAAACGAGGCAUACUCGUAGAGAACGUGAACGGGACAGAUCCAGAUACUCGUCGAGCGACGCUGAGGAUAGAGAAAGUAGUUCGUAUAAGAAUUACGAAAAUCGCAGCAUGAGAAAGGAAAAGGGAACGGCUCUGAGUGAUAAAAGACCGUACGAAAGUAAUAAAGCUGCAGUGGAAGCUAAUUUCCGAGAGUCUUCUAGUCGAACAAUUGUAAAUAGUACAACGAAUUACAGCGUUGAGAAAGAUAUUGAACAGCGCAAAGUGAAAAACGAAUCGGAGAUUAAAAAUUCAGUAAAAAGCACAUUCGCGCGUGUCGCAACGGAAGGCUCGGUUGCUCUGGAGGAAGGCGAAAUUUUAGACAGUCCCGAGAAGAGAAAUAAUUCUGCAACGAUCUCUAAAAAUAACAAAAUGGAAGAAAGCAAUGUAAGAGGCGUUCCAGUUGAAGAUAGGAAAGAGGAUAUUUCUGUGGGCGCGUCCAUUGAUAGCAAAUCGACAUCACUUCAAAAGAAGGCACACAGUACAAAACAGUUAGAAGUGGCAGAUAUUAGUACAAGAAAGGCUGAAGAAACGUCACAUCUUCUGCAACGAAGUACGAAAGAUCGCGAAGAAAUAAUUCAGCCGAGUUCUAGCAAGAGUAAUAUGGCGAUCGACGAAGCCUACAAUUGUAGAAAAGACGAAGAUUCGUGGAAAUUUUACGUCAACGAAGAUUUAAUGGAUUCCGUUGCUGAAAACGUUGGAGCGAUCGAACAAGUGCGCGGCAGUGAUGCCGAUUAUAAAAACGAUGCUGACGAAACGUCAAAGGAUUCUGAAACGGCUGUUAUCGAAACUACCAAAAUCAAAGAGAAGACUGCUACUGAAAGUGUUGCUAAAAUCAAAGAAUCAGAUGUCUGUAGUAUCGAAAGUGCCGCUAACAAGGAGGAAAUGGACAAUCCCACUAUUGAAAGGGUCGUUGAGGUCACGGAGGUGAAUAAUAGCGGUAAUAGGAUCCAUAGGAUCCAUAGAAACACCAACGGCGACGAACUAAAGAUUUCUAUCAUCAAAAUUGCUAUAAAAGCGGAGGCUGUGUCGGAUUGUGGCAUUGAGGGUGGAGCUAAGAGUCACGCGCCGAUCGAAAGCGGGACUUCUCGUCAAAUGUCAACUAAGAGCAAUGUCGAAAUGUGCCUCAACGAUCACAAUUAUGUUCAGAAGUCUUUUAUCAACGUCCCGGAUCCCGAUGUGACCCAAGAGCCGCCGAGGCCGGUAUGUGGCGAAGCUGCGGCGGAGUCGGUGAAGUUGCAGCUCCCGGAAGCAGUGUCGAGGGAAACGAAGGUGGAAGGAACGAUCCACGUUCAAUCGGUCAACAGUGUUAAGAGGACAACGUCGUCCACGGUGAAGGCUAAGAAGGGCCAGCAGAGCAAGGGGAUACUGAUCUCGCAUCGCCGAAAAGCCGUGAUACUGAGCGACAGUAACGCGUCCAUGACCGUCCUGAUGAACGCGAGUAUAGCGAAAACGUCCUCUGUCGUUAGCAAUUGCGACGGCAACGACGCCGCUUCGGUGAAGCCGCGUGCCUGCAAGAUACCGCGAGCGACUGUGAAAGCGGCAUGUAAAUAAUCAUUGUACAACCCUUACGCUUGUAAGAUAUUAAUAAAGCUGGAUUCAUAAGCGAGUAGUCGAGAA